UGCUUUCCUGCGCCUGCAGCCGUCAGCCAGAACCAAGCUUCAGAGUCCCUUUCAGUUGCUGUUACCAGGGCCCCCUGGUUUUCCCCCUGGACAGAAGCCCAGACUGCCCAGAUGCUCCAGCCGCAGUCGCUGAGGAGUCUGCCACUCACAGCCACUGUCCAGACACCACAGCCUCCCAGAGGCUAACAAGAAGGGCUGUUUCCCUUCCCACGCUGGCACCUGGCCGGUCUGAACAUGGACAGCAGCAGAGAUGCCCCUCUGAAUGGUGCCACAACAGAGACAGCUCCGGUCAGCCAAGACGGUCGUAGCUCCUGUGCAUCCAGUUCCCAGCCAGAAAACCAUGUGGUUCCUGGAGACGUGGACGUGAAGCUUGAGAGGCAGCCAGACAGCCAAGUUUGGGAGGAGGAUGACAUGCCCCUGGGUGCAGGCUUGGGACUACAAGAUGAGGGAGAGCUGUCUGCUGAAGAAAUAAAAUUUCUGGAAGAGUUUCCCACAUGGAAACAGAAGCAAGAAGUGGUCAUUGCAAAGCUCCGUGCCCUUGCAGAUGACACCGAUACAACCCAAAAAUUCACCAAGACCAGCGUGGUGGCUAACUCCAUCACUGUCGUCUCUGGAGUCUUGAGCCUGUUGGGUUUAGCCCUGGUUCCUGUAACAGCAGGAGGAAGCCUGAUCCUUACAAGUGCUGGCCAAGGCAUAGGGUUAACAGCUGCCGUCAUUAAUAUUGUGACAGACUCGUUGGAAAACUCUCACACUGAAAACACCCGCACUCAGUCCAGCCACCUAGUGCCCCCUAGUGACAAGACACUCCAAGAGAACACUGGAGGACAGACGGGGUCUUAUGUCAGAGCUUCUGGCGAGGUUUUGUACAAGUCUGGGAGCGCUUUUGAGGUUAUCAGGAUCAUAUUCGUGCCUAAAGCCCACCCACACCUGGUUCCUGCAGCCAAACAUCUUCGAACCACUGGCCGAGUGUCAGGUCCAGUUGGCAGACAUGUGCACAAGACCUUUAAGGACACAGCCCUGGCCAUGUUGCGAAAGGCUCUACUGAAGAGUGGCGCUUUGACGCUCCUGUCCCUCGGCUGGGAUGUGUUCAGUCUCCAUGAGAAGUUGAAGGAACUGAAGCACAAAGAAGGCACAGAGCUUGCAGAGGAGCUGAGGAGCCAGGCUUUGAAGCUGGAAGAGGAGAUUUUCCAACUGAAGCAGCAGUAUGAGGCGCUGCAGAAGAAGCCCUCCUAUUUCCUGGUGUCGUAUGGAGUCUAUUGUCAGCCUGUUGUCCAGCCUGAGAUUCUACCUGUAUUCCCAGCAUCCUGCGAUGAAAAGUCAGUGAUGUGGGAAGUCCUUUCUCCAGAGAGAGCCAUCCCUUCCUGUAGCAUAAUUCACAGCACCUCAGAAGCCAUUAAAGUGUUCCGCCACUACAGAACGGGUUAAAAACAAAAUAUCCACUCACUUAGUGGAGCACGACGUAGCUAUCAAAAAUAAUGUUCGCAAGGGCCCAUGACUGGAUUCACCAACUUAGGAGGAAAAAAGCAGGGUUGGCAAAGGAAUGAGGUCCUAGGCUCGAUCAC